CUUCUUCACAUAGCUGUCUGAGUGCGGGCAGUCGGACGAGCCGCAGUCCUUGAUCUUUUUGAUCAUACCGUAAAUAGACCUGAACGUGCAGUUGUUGACAGGUGUUUGCGUGUCGGUGUUGGGACUAACGGUAGCCAUCUGGAAGCGUGAAUGGUUAAUAUAAGAGCCAUGUCAACAUAAUGGCCUUCUACCUUACCUUACGUCAGAGCCGGAGCUGGAAGACCCUCGUUUGGCGAAGCGGCGAAAGCCGACCGAGCGACAGGCGGAGAGCCUCAUACUCGAUCCUAUACCCACACCCAAAUCAACGCCUCUUCCGACCCCUAGCGGCCAUGGUUCCCGUUCUAGAGCCAGCAACGGCCCUAGCCUUGGCGCUCCGGACAGUGGUCGCAAAGGCUAUGCUGCUAGAACCCCAGGCCCACCUUCAAACGACCUCCUGGAUGGAGAAGGUGAUGACAAUGAUGCAUAUGCUCGGGAAACAGUUGAGGAGCUACUGCAGGCCCCAAGACAAUUCAUCUCUCCUUUCAAAGAAACAAGAGGUGAAAGAGAUAUCGAUCCGGACUCAGACAGGCGUGAGAAGCACAGGGAAGGAAGUAAUGAAGGGGAAAGCCACGAGGACGAAGUCGAUCAGGUUGAUGAGGUGUCCCGCGGCCCUCCGGCGAAAACUUCGCUGCGACGUAAACGCCGCGCUCGUCCGGCCGGGGCAGAGAGGCGCGGUCCAUCACGAACUACUCUUAGGCCACGGGGUUCGUGCACAUGAACUCUUCCCAGAUCGGACCUCCGGCGCAGAACGGACGCGCUGGCACAUGCUGCAAGGGAAAUGAUGCAUCGCUACGAUAACAUCAAUGACGGAGCUUCAUAGCGCUUGUCCCUCUUGACGAGAGUCCGCCGGUGCCUGAUUGGUGUUCUUCUGUCUCGGCCGAGGCUAAUCCAACAUCGGCGGUUAAAAACUGAACCUGCACCCUAUUGGCUAGGCGAGCUAGACUGGACGCAACUGCCGCAUCG